AUGGCAACUCCCAAAUUCUCAAAACGCUGCCUCCUAUGGGACUACACCAACACCCGCGACCGCCCAGACGCAAUCGAUCAACUCUUCACAACCACAUCACCAUCAGACUCUGCCAAUAAGCCCAUAGCAGCAGCAGUAGAAGCAAGAGCGCCGCUUACAGUCACCCCGUUCAAAUCCGUCCACAACUGGAACGCAUGGUACCCGCCCGAACUCAAGGGCCGGCUCCCCUUCCGGCCCAUGAUCCGCACGCGCGCGCAGCUGGACACGGAAGAGUGGGACUGGAUCCGCGACUCCGACGCUGAGAUGGUCCACUACCUCAACGAACCGGAGCGGCAGGGCAUCUCGCCGGCGGACGCCGCGGCCUGGUGGCUGGACAAAGUCGUGCCCGAGUUGCGGGAGAAGAGGGGCAAGAAGCUUGUCGGGCCGGCGUGUGCUAGCGAUCCCGGGGGCGAGGCGUGGCUUGCGGAGUUUAUGACGAUUGUCUACGAGGACGAGAAAAAGAAGAAGAAGAAGAAAAUGAGGCCAGAUUUCCUUGGGGUGCACUAUUACAGCGGCGAUGUCGAGCAUGCAAAGAGGUACCUGACGUCCAUGUACGAGCGGUACGGGCUGCCGCUCAACGUGUCGGAGAUUGCGUCUAUCAGUCGGGACCCGGUCGAGGUGGAGGCGUUUACGGAGGAGCUGAGCGGGUGGAUGGACGAGAAGGAGUGGAUCGACGAGUAUGGGUGGUUUGGGUGUAUGGCACACUGCGCUGAUGACUUUGUGAGUCCUGCGGCGCAGCUUAUGGAUGGGGAGGGGAGGUUUACGCCGCUCAUGAGGCGGUUGAUGGGGUUCUGGUCAGGGAUGAUGCGGAAUACGAAAACCGGGACGUAUACUGGAUUCCUAAGCAGAGUUGAUCAUUGGCAUGCUAGUUCGAUCAUUCGUGGUAGAAUCUGGAAACUCUCAGUCGAUGUUAUGGGAUGUGCUUAUCUCGGAGCAAACAUGAAUCAAGCGGAAACAAGCCUUGGGUUGCGUCUUGGCUGCUUCUUUUCGCCUAGCGUCUCCCCGCCUCCACGGGCCUCACAAAAGAAGGCCUCACGUUCAUGUCCCACAACCCGGAGAUCAUCGACUCCCAAGACCUUUAUUCUCAUUGCCCGCGCUCAAACGUUGAUUGCCCGAUUAGGCAAGUCAAUUACAUGCCGUACAUGCACUUGCCGGGUCGCUCCCGUCCACUAUGAUGGAACGCAAAAUGGCUUUCUCCCGGACUACUUCAGCAACAUCUUUGUAAUCUUUCUAGCCCCAGUCAAGACAGCUUGUCUUUCGCCAAACCUUCUACAAUCGAGUCAACUGACUCUAUACUCUCUCAUACUGUCUAGAAACCAGCCAAUGACUUGGGAUUUUGUUACGUUCCAUCAGCUGGGUAGCACCAGUAAAGUCUACCAACGAAUGAGAAAAGCAGAGAAUGGGCCCUCAACUCUCUACGUCGUUGCCGUUAGCGAGGAAUUUUGCGUCGAGGCCAAGAUGUCGAAAAGAUACCGCUUUACAAAUAUCACGGCGUACAGCCAAACUAUGAAAGCAACCGAAAAGACGGCAGACUCCUUCCAGGAGCAUGCCUCAGGACAAUCCAACAAGCCUCUCUCUCGACCACCUCACUCUUUGGAGGCUGCUCAGGUUCUCGAAGAACUCCAUGUCGACGCAAUCCAAGGGUUAGACCCCGACGAUGCCAUCCGUCGGUUGGCCGAAUUGGGGCGCAAUGAGCUUCGUCAACAAAAGGGCGUUCAGCCUUUGAAAAUCUUUCUCGAGCAGAUUUUCAACGCCAUGACUCUGGUCCUCCUACUAGCACUCGGCGCAAGUUUCGGCAUCCAAGCCUGGAUCGAAGGCGGCAUUCUAGGCGGCAUCAUCGUCCUGAACAUCUUCAUCGGCUUCUUCCAGACCCUCCAAGCCGAGAAGACAAUCAACUCGCUAAAGAACCUCGGCAAGCCGACAUGUAAGGUUGUACGGGACGGCAAGACGAUCGAGAUACAGACGGCCGACGUAGUACCUGGAGACAUCAUCGACUUGAACACGGGUGACUCGGUGCCGGCGGAUAUCAGACUCAUUGAGGCAGUCAACCUGGAGGCGGACGAAGCGUUACUUACGGGAGAGUCCGCACCUGUCUCCAAGAUGCCCAACUCGGUGUUUGACGAAGAUAUGGGCCCUGGGGAUCGACUUAAUGUGGUGUACAGCUCCACGGUCAUCACGAAGGGUCGCGGGCGCGGCGUCGUGUUUGCUACUGGCAUGUGUACCGAGAUUGGUCUCAUUGCUGGUGCAUUGAACGGCGGCUCGGGAGAUAAGUCCCGGGUGAAGCGCAACGAGGAUGGGAACGCUUCGAUCUUUGCGUACUUUGCCGCUGGAUACACGGCUACCAAAUCGUGGAUCGGUGAGUUCCUGGGACUUACCAUCGGCACGCCAUUGCAAAGGAAGCUCUCUCAGUUAUUUCUGUGGCUGUUUCUGUUUGCUAUUAUCUGUGCCAUCGUUGUUCUUGGCGUCAACAAGUUUGAUUCUCGCAAGGAUGUGAUUAUCUACGCAGUCACUACCGCGAUUGGGACGAUUCCUGUUUCUUUGUUACUGGUCCUGACUGUCACCAUGGCUGCUGGCACCAAGAAGAUGCUUGAGAGACACGUCAUUGUUCGGAAUCUGUCCAGUCUGGAAGCGCUUGGAGGAGUUAGCAAUAUCUGCUCCGACAAGACCGGUACGAUUACCCAAGGACGUAUGGUAGUCCGAAAGGCAUGGCUUCCGGGCUGCGGCACGUACUCUGUCCACACCACGAACGACGUAUACAAUCCUUUUGCCGGUGAAGUCCAGUUUGCGGCUGGCCAACCAGAGGACAUCGGCUCCGUCUCCGAGAAAGAGCACGAUCUACGGGCCGAGCCAAUUGAUACGCACCACGAGCCUGCGACGAAGCCUGCUCUGCAAUGGUUCUUGAAUGUCGCGUCGCUUGCAAAUCUGGCAACGUUGAAGCAGGCCGUAGACGAUCCCACCAGCUCUGGGGAGUGGACAGCUAGCGGAGCACCCACUGAGAUUGCUAUUGAGGUGUUUGCGUCCCGGUUUGGCUGGAACAGAUUGCAGCUGUGCCAAGGCUCAGAAGCUUCUUGGAAAGAAAUUGCAGAGUUUCCCUUUGACUCGGAUGUCAAAAAGAUGUCUGUCAUCUUCAAGGAUGUGGCCUCGGAAGAGAUGCAUAUCUUCACAAAGGGCGCUGUCGAGCGCGUCUUAAGCUCUUGCAACACUAUCGCGUACGGUGACGAUACCCGUACUCUGACCGACCGCUAUAGAGAAGACAUCAUAUCCAACAUGGAGGUGCUGGCCGGCCAAGGUCUACGUGUUCUCGCGCUCGCACAUCGAACUCUUAGCAGUGACCUUUCGGAAGCCCAAUUUGCAGACGGCAAAGCCCCAAAUCGCAACAACUUCGAGACUGAUCUCACCUUCCGCGGCCUCAUCGGUAUCUACGAUCCUCCCCGUCCCGAGUCCCGGCCUAGUGUUGAGAUGUGCCAAGGAGCUGGCAUCGUCGUCCACAUGCUCACCGGCGACCACCCCCAGACCGCCCGAGCCAUCGCCACAGAGGUUGGCAUCCUGCCACCGCCCGAAAAGCUCCGGGUCCUCGCUGCCGACGUUGCCGAGGCGAUGGUCAUGCCCGCACACGAUUUUGACGCCCUGACUGACGCCCAGAUCGAUGACCUGCCGCAGUUGCCUCUAGUGGUGGCGCGAUGCGCACCGAGUACCAAAGUUAGAAUGAUUGAAGCGCUUCACCGCCGCGGUCGGUACGUAGCCAUGACUGGCGAUGGAGUCAACGACAGCCCGAGUCUGAAGCGGGCCGAUAUCGGCAUCGCCAUGGGCUCCGGAUCGGACGUGGCGAAGGAGUCUUCCGACAUCGUCUUGACGGAUGAUAACUUUGCGUCCAUUCUGAACGCCAUCGAAGAAGGCCGCCGGAUCUUUGACAAUAUCCAAAAGUUUAUCCUCCACGUCCUGGCGGCAAACAUUGGAUUUGUGAUUGCGCUGCUUACGGGGUUGGCGUUCAAGGACGAGACUGAUACGUCGGUCUUUCUGUUGUCGCCUGUGGAGAUCCUGUGGAUGUUACUUGGUACGGGUGCUUUCUGUGAGACUGGACUUGGAUUUGAGAAGGCGGUGCCAGACAUUCUUAAACGACCGCCACAAAAUCUCAAAUACGGCGUCUUCACGCACGAAUUCAUCCUCGACAUGGUGGUCUAUGGACUCAUCAUGGCAGGCUGCGUUCUCGGAGCCUUCACCCUGGUUGUAUUCGGCUUCAACGGCGGCAACCUCGGUAUCGAGUGCAACAACGCCUACUCUACAGCCUGCGAGCCCGUAUUCCGCGCUCGUGCCACGAGUUAUACGACCAUGACCUGGAUCUUCCUCCUCUUCGCAUGGGAGCUUAUUGAUUCACGCCGGUCUCUCUUCUACAUGCCAGCGGGUUUCAAGGCUUGGGGCCAGCAUCUGUGGGGUAACAAGUUUCUCUUUUUGUCUGUGACAGUUGUCUUUUUUGUUGUGUUUCCGACGCUGUACAUACCCGUGUUGGAUCAUGUGGUGUUUAUGCAUCAUGGAAUCAGCUGGGAGUGGGCGAUUGUGUUUGUCGAUGUUUUCAUCUUUAUGGCUGGUGUCGAGGCCUAUAAGUGGGCGAAGAGGGUGUAUGCAAGGAGAAUGCUAGCCAAGAUUGACAGCGGAUUUGCGGAGUCGAACGGAGCUCAAGUAUAG